GGUCCAAGGCCUUGUCCUUUUUAUUUUUUGCCUGAGCGGCGCUGCGUGUCGUCUUCCUCCAUUUCCCUUCCUCAACUGCAUCGGGGCUCACCGGAUUGCGAGGAAGAGCGGAGGCGGCGACCCCUUCCAGAUCCGCUCCGACGCCGGCGUGCAGGCUACUCCAAUUUUUUUGAAAUUGCCAAGGAGGAAGAAGAGCCGGCUGGAUCCAGUUGCAGGCGGCAGGCAGAUAGCCAAUAAGGCUCAGGUUGAUGGAACUGAGCAGACAUCGCCACACGCCAUUUGUAAGCUCUACAAGCACAUCAACGAAGGUCAACGCGUUGCUGUCAGAGCCAUGGGGACUGGACCGUUCCUGGACAUCAAGUGUGCAUACUUACACAACACCGCCGUGACAUGGUUCACAAGGUUGUACCACUCUGGAAGGAGAGGGUUUGUCGUGCCAGGACGCGGGUUCAUUCCACUGACCGAGGAGUCUGUACAUCAGAUUUUGGGCAUCCCUCAUGGAGACAUUGAGGUCAAGUAUGAAGCCGACUAUGAUAUGGAACAGGAGUUCGCAGCUACUUUGUUUCCGGGCGAUGGCAGCAGGCCAAACAUCACGACAGUUGCUACUGCAAUCAUCAACCAUAGCGAGGCUGAUGAUAAAUUCAAGAAGUUGUGGCUUAUUUACAUUGUCUCAACUCUGUUGGCCCCUACGACCGAUGCACGGGUCAGCAACAAGUGCUACCCCAUGCUGGCGGAUAUCAACCGGGCAGACAGGUUGAACUUGUGCAAAUUUGUCGUGGACCAGCUCCACGAGCACCUCUCAAAUGGGAAGUACACAAAUGGGUGCUUACUUUACUGCAUGCUAAGGUACCUCGAUGCUUUGGAUUGUGAUGGCAUGGAGCUUGAGUUAACUAACAGACCAUAUAGAGUAAACGCAUGGUCCAAGACCCAGGUUGAUAUUGUCGCUGAGCUGGACAUGUUAGAGCAUGAUCCACCCUGUUUUGGCAAAUUUCAGCUAAAGGAAGAAUUCAGAGAGGAGGCUGCUAGUGGAUCGGGCACAAGCACAUUGGGUCUGUUCGGAGGCCCUGGUGGCUUCGAAACCUGGAUGAAGCAAAACACCCACCCAAGUUGCUCUGAAAAUGACAAGCUUAAAAUACAGGGGAUCAUCCACAAGUUUGCAUCAGGGUUGGAGACCCUCCUUGGUGAUCUCGUACAGGGGAUGACAGCCCCAACAGCAAGUAAUUCAACCAAAAGUAGGAGGGGCAGGCGCAACGAAAUAGAAGAAAAUGAUGAUACAUUGUUUGAAGAUUCGUCAUCAUCAGAAUCUGACAGUGACGCAGAUGGGGACGAUGAUACGUCGUUUGUGUCGUCAUCAGGAUCCGUAGUGCUAACAGAAUGAAACAUUUUCUGGUUUACUUUGUACUGGUUGCUAAAUUUAUUUUUAUAUUUUUCUCGCUACAGAUCUAUGCUAGUGAUUGAUAACAAUACUGGAGCAUUUUCAGACUUUGUUUAUCAACACAGGAUUACAAUAAUCGUCAUUUAACAUUGCUGUUCAUUUGGGGCAUUAUAAUACCUAAUGUUUGGUCGGAGUUA